UACACUUUCCUGAAGUGGCUGAAAGUGGAUGUAGAAUGUUAAACCAUCUUUUGGAAGGAAGUAACCUUCACCUAGAUAUAAUGGCAUCAGUGACAUCUCACAUAAUAGAAGUUAUGAAAAAUCACAAAACUUCAUCAGCAGUGCAGCUGGAGGCACUUCGAGCUAUUUUACAUAUUAUUGUCCCAGAAUCAAAGAAGGAACCUGAGGAAGAUGCUUCAUUAAAUAUAAGUCUUAAAGUCAUUAAAAACUCAUGCCUCCUGAAUGAUAUUCACAAGCUGGUUCUAGGUGCUUUAAAUAAGGUAUGUUUAGAAAUUCAUUUUUCAUUUCUAUAGUAGCCCAAAGUAAAUGUAACUAAAAUAUUCUUAUUUAGGCUCCCUCCAGAACUAAAGAUUAAUUAUAUUUUUGUUCUUGU